CCAAACAUUAACUCACCAUCAGAAAGCCGGCUCUUUUGACUCUUUCCUUGUUCUAGCUGUGUGCUUCUAUCCCUCUCCUUCUUAAUCCCCACUUCUUCAAGUCUUCCCUCACCAUCAGAGAGAGAUGUCCAACGUAACUACCGGUGCCGCCGCUGCUGAGCAGCCAUAUGAGGUUGAUGAAUGCCGUGGAGUGCUUCGCGUGUACAGUGAUGGCUCAAUCUGGCGUUCUUCUGAACCAAGCUUCAAAGUUCCUGUCCAUGAUGAUGGUUCUGUUGUCUGGAAAGAUGCUUUCUUUGACUCCACGCAUGAUCUCCACCUCCGUCUCUACAAACCAGCUUCCCCCUCUUCCACAAAGCUCCCUAUCUUCUACUACAUCCAUGGUGGUGGCUUUUGCAUUGGCUCCCGUGCUUGGCCUAACUGCCAGAAUUACUGCUUUAAGCUUGCCUUGGACCUCCAAGCUGUGAUAAUUUCGCCUGACUAUCGCCUGGCUCCAGAGAACCGGCUCCCAGCUGCCAUUGAGGAUGGUUACAUGGCCGUGAAAUGGCUCCAAGCACAAGCUAUGUCUGAAGAGCCGGACACCUGGUUGACCGAUGUUGCUGAUUUCAGCAAGGUGUUCAUUUCUGGUGAUUCCGCUGGUGGGAACAUUGCUCAUAACCUGGCAGUUCGGUUAGGAGCUGGUUCUCCAGAGUUGGCUCCGGUUCUUGUUAGGGGUUAUGUUCUUUUGGCACCCUUUUUUGGUGGGACAGUGAAGAGUAAAUCAGAGGCCGAGGGACCGAAAGAAGCAUUCCUGAAUUGGGAGCUUAUCAACAGGUUUUGGAGGCUGUCUAUUCCCAUAGGAGAUACAACUGAUCAUCCACUGGUGAACCCAUUUGGACCACAAAGCCGGAGUCUUGAACCAUUGGAACUUGAUCCAAUCCUGGUAGUAAUGGGAGGUAGUGAUCUGCUCAAAGAUCGAGCCAAGGACUAUGCAGAGAGACUCCAAGAAUGGGGAAAAGAUAUCCAGUAUGUUGAGUAUGAAGGACAGCAACAUGGGUUCUUUACCAUUAACCCUAACUCCGAACCAGCUACUAAACUGAUGCAAAUCAUCAAAACUUUCAUCGUUGAAAAAUCCACCUAGUACCUGUUUGCCACCUCCACUAUAAUAAACUUGUAUGAGCUAAAAUAAAAUGAUAUAAACUUUUAUUAUUCUUA